AUGAAGCGCAACACAAAGAAUGUGAUAGGUAUACAGGAGUGUUCUGUUGAUAGUAAUGGUGCAAUCUAUGUUAGUUAUGCGAUUGCACUUAAAAUGGUGUUAGGUAACCAUCCAUUUUCUGAUGGAGAUUUCAUUAAAGAAUGCCUUUUGGAAGCAGCUGGAACUUUAACUAAAGAACAUCUUCCGAAAUAUCAAAAAAUCUGCUUAUCGCGUCGAACCAUUGCACGAAGAAUACAGGAUAUGGCAAGUGAUAGUGAACGGCAAUUAAAGAACCGAAUUUCCACCUUUACUUCUGUACCUUUGGCUCUAGACGAGAGUACGGAUGUAAACGAUAUUGCACAGUUGGCUGUGUUCAUUCGGGGCACAGAUAUUGAGUUCAAUAUCACAGAAGAGUUGCUGGACCUAAUACCUAUGAAAGGAACUACAACAGGAGAAGACAUUUUUAAUGCCGUUAUGAAUUGCGCUGCUGAAAAGCGCUUAGACUGGAGCAAAGUGCAUAGUGUGGCGACAGAUGGUGCUAAAUCAAUGACGGGUCACAAAAGCGGGUUUAUAAGCAAAUUUAAUCUAGAAAAGUAUAACGACUUCAUUGCUUCCCAUUGCUUGGUACAUCAGAAAGCCCUAUGUGCUAAGUCGUUAUCUUUCACACAUGUAAUGGAUGUUGUCGUUAAAUGUGUCAAUUUAGUGAGAUCUCAUGGCCUCAAUCAUCGUCAGUUUAAAGAAUUUCUUGAAAGUUUGGAGUGUGAUUAUGGGGACAUAGCAUAUUACACAGAAACACGAUGGAGUUACAGCUUGAGCUAA